ACAGCAACAUGGCGCCGAUGGGCGGGGGCGGGCGCCCGGGCGGCGGGCCUGCCCGAGGGCGCCUCCUCCUGGCGGCGCUGGUGCUGCUGGUGCUGCUUUGGGCGCGGGGGGCCCGGGGACAGGGCAGCCCACAGCCGGGCGCGAUCGUCGGCAUGAGGCUGGCGAGCUGCAACAAGUCGUGUGGGAUGGACUCGGAUGGCAUCAUCUUCGUGUCCGAGGGCAGCACCGUGAACCUCAGGCUGUACGGCCAGAGCCUGGGAAACAUCUCUAGCAACCUGAUCUCCUUCACAGAGGUGGACGACGCGGAGACCGCCCACAAGUCCACCAACUGCCUGGAGCUUACCAAGGACCUGGUCGUCCAGCAGCUGGUUAACGUGAGCCGCGGGAACACGUCUGGCGUGCUGGUGGUGCUCACCAAGUUCCUCCGGAGGAGCGAGAACAUGAAGCUGUAUGCACUGUGCACCCGGGCCCGGCCCGAUGGGCCCUGGCUGAAGUGGACGGACAAGGACUCGCUGCUCUUCAUGGUGGAAGAGGCUGGAAGGUUCCUGCCCCUCUGGCUGCACAUCCUCCUCAUUAUGGUGCUGCUAGUGCUGUCGGGCAUAUUCUCUGGCCUCAACCUGGGGCUUAUGGCCCUGGACCCCAUGGAACUGCGCAUUGUGCAAAACUGUGGCACACAGAAGGAAAGAAAGUAUGCCCGCAAGAUUGAGCCUAUCCGGCGCAAGGGCAACUAUUUGCUCUGCUCGCUGCUCCUGGGGAACGUGCUGGUCAACACCUCUCUCACUAUCCUUCUGGACAACCUCAUUGGCUCUGGCCUCAUGGCGGUGGCCUCCUCCACCAUUGGCAUUGUCAUCUUUGGGGAGAUCGUACCUCAGGCCCUGUGUUCCCGACACGGGCUGGCUGUGGGUGCCAACACUAUCGUUCUCACCAAAUUCUUUAUGCUACUCACCUUUCCCCUCAGUUUUCCCAUCAGCAAGCUCCUGGACUUUUUUCUGGGUCAGGAGAUUCGCACUGUUUACAAUCGGGAGAAGCUGAUGGAGAUGUUGAAGGUGACAGAGCCCUAUAAUGACCUCGUGAAAGAGGAGCUAAAUAUGAUCCAGGGUGCCCUGGAACUGCGGACCAAAACUGUGGAGGAUGUCAUGACCCAGCUUCAAAACUGCUUCAUGCUCCCCAGCGAUGCCAUCCUGGACUUCAACACAAUGUCAGAGAUUAUGGAAAGUGGCUACACCCGCAUCCCAGUGUUUGAAGAUGAGCAAUCCAAUAUUGUAGAUAUUCUCUACGUCAAAGACUUGGCCUUUGUGGACCCCGAUGACUGCACCCCCCUCAAGACCAUCACCCGCUUCUAUAACCACCCAGUGCACUUUGUCUUCCAUGACACCAAGUUGGAUGCCAUGCUGGAGGAGUUCAAGAAGGGGAAGUCCCACCUGGCCAUUGUGCAGAAGGUGAACAACGAGGGCGAGGGCGACCCCUUCUACGAGGUCCUGGGCCUGGUCACCCUGGAGGACGUCAUUGAGGAGAUCAUCAAGUCCGAGAUCCUGGACGAGUCGGACAUGUUCAUUGACAACCGAAGCCGGAAACGGGUGGCUGAGAAGAACAAGCGUGACUUCUCAGCCUUCAAGGAUGCUGACAAUGAACUCAAAGUGAAAAUUUCCCCUCAGCUCCUUCUGGCUGCUCAUCGCUUCCUGUCCACGGAGGUCCCCCAGUUUAGCCGCUCUCUGAUAUCAGAGAAAAUCCUGCUGCGGCUGCUCAAGUACCCAGACGUCAUUCAGGAACUCAAGUUUGACGAGCACAACAAGUACCACCCCCUCCAUUACCUGUACACCCGAAAUAAGCCGGCCGACUACUUCAUCCUCAUCCUGCAGGGGAAGGUGGAGGUGGAGGCAGGGAAGGAGAAUAUGAAGUUUGAGACGGGUGCCUUCUCCUACUACGGGACCAUGGCCCUGACCUCUGUCCCCUGUGUGCCUUCAACCCAGGUCGGGUGUCCGCCUGUCAAGCGGAAUCCCCCGCUCUCCUGGCUCACAGACCGCUCCCCAGCCCACCCCGCCCAGCUUAGUCGCUCAGCCUCCCUCAGUUACCCAGACCGCACAGAUGUCUCGACCUCAGCAGCCUUGGCAGGUGGCAGCAACCAGUUCGGCAGCUCCAUCCUGGGCCAGUACAUCUCUGACUUCAGCGUUCGUGCGCUCAUGGACCUGCAGUACAUCAAGGUAACUCGGCAGCAGUACCAGAAUGGGCUGAUGGCUUCAUGCAUGGAGAACAGCCCUCAGUUUCCCUCGGAUGGGUGCACUGUGUGCACAGAGAACUGUGCUGAGAAGUCCGAGAUGCCCAUGGUGGAUGAGACCACAACUCUUCUCAACGAGCGUAACUCCUUCCUGCACAAAGCCUCCCACGAGAGCGCCAUCUGACAGGAGGGCCCGGGGUCCCCCGCUCACCCUGCGGGGGUCUCCCUAGUGGGCCCACAUGAAAAGAGGGAGCCUGUUAGGCCAGAAAGGAUGUAGAUAGAUAGCCUGUCUGACUGAGCGCCAGAUGGCCCCCGUCUGUGGGGAUCUGGCCUCCAACAGGGACCUGUGAACUGCUCUGAGGUGGCACCUGCCCAGCCCUGGAUUGCUGGUGCAGCGGGCCAGCUACCAUGAGCAAAGGCUGUUUUUUACUGAGAGAAUUUCUAAACUAGGCUCAUUGCUCCUCUUUUUAAAUAUUAUUUUGGGAAGGGAAGACAGGGUUAAGGAACUUUAUUUAAAAAUUUUUUUUUUUCCAAAAACUUUAAAAGGGGAAGGGUCUCUCACCCCGGGAAGCAAUAGCCAUAAUCUGCUCCCAACCAUGACCUUCCAGCUUAUGUCCCUGACUCAGGGAACUCACCCUUCCUCCUCCUCCUCCUCUUCCUCCUCCUCCUCCUCCUCCAGAGGUGAGAUCCCAGAGCCUGCCAGAGGAGGGUUGUCUCCUGGGAGGAAGACAGCUCUUCCCAGGAAGCAAAGAACCAAAUGGCGUUGAGAUCAGCUGCCUGGACAUGAAUGCCACAGCUUAUCGGACAUCGCUGAGGCUGAGGGCUUCUGGGUAGCUAUGAUCAGGGACAUGAUAAUCCCAGCUACAGAGAGGAGCACAUCUGCUGCCAACUGCUGGACCCAGGAAUCUCCCAGAACUCUGCUAACGGCCUCUCCUGGUGAGUCGGGACUCUACUGUAGACUCUCCCCUUGGCCUCCCCUCUGCCCCUUUGGACAACUCCCCCCUGUAAUGGGGCUGACUCAAGAGUGUUAGGCAGGGUCUCAGACCUUUGUGAUUUCUUGUCCCUGUUCCCCAGGCCCUGCCCUUACUUUUACCAAAGGUUCCCCCCCUCUCCGCCCGUGGGAGGGUGUCUAGUUAGAGGUGACUUGUCUGGGUUAUUGCUUUUGGUUCCAGGAGUGAAUCUGGUCAUCAGCAUCUGCGUUGUUAGCAGUUAAUACCACCCCUGCCCCCCAAGGAGAGUCAAGGCUCAGUUGUUGACCCAUGAAGCCCUUCUUUCCAGACUCUCUAAUCCCAAAACCCCAGUCCCCUUGGGAGUUGGGGACAAGAGGACAUGUUGGAAGCCACCUAAGCAAGUUCUUUAUGUCCUUUUCCUCUGUGGCUGGCUGAAGCUCACCUGACCUUGUUCACCUGCUUAUGGAACCCUGAGAAAGGAGGGUUCCACCUAAAGGCAUGCAGCUGGCAGCCCCAUUUCUCCACAUCUGAGUGAUCCUAGUGUGAAAGAUCACACCAGCCUUUGCUGAAGCUAGUGGCACUGUGCCGAGAGCCCGACCCCCACAUGAAGUCCUGUCCCAGCGCCUCUUCCCUGGGGCUGAAUCACCGUGGAGGAGGCUAUGGGACCCGGGUCCACGUUGGCCCUUCCCUCAGGGGCAACAGGAGCUGGGGCCCAAGAUCCAGGCGAGUGAGACUUGGCAGGCUUCUGCCUGAGUAUUGUUCAUUCACUCCUUUCCUCACCAGUGGAGUCAUCACCCCAAGUGCUCUGCUCUCUAGGUGCCUAGAGAAUCCUAACUCUUGGGACCAGGGAUUGUUUUGCACCAAGGAUGCCUACCCCUGGCCAGUCUGAGGUCUUCCCUAGUCACAGAAUUGACUCCUAGAAGUCUGGAGAGAAGGUGGUGAUGCCCAUGGGUUCUUACCUAUAAGGAAAAGAGACACCAGACCUUUGUUCCUUGUUGAGGGAAAGCCUUUAGUUUAACCCAGGAGCAUCUUGCUCCUGCGUCCUCAUGUGUUCCUUAGAGGGCUGUGUGCUAGGUGGAGCAAAAUGCAUUGGCCCAAACCAAACAGGUGUGUAUGAAGCAAAAGGGGCAGGUGCACACACUUCCACAGCUACCUCUUUGCACACACGGUUACUACCAACAGAGUGUCCCUCCUCCUCCUUCCCUAUCGCUAAUCACUUCUUACAGAGGGUCAUAAUUAUUUCCACAUAUUACCAGUCCGAUGACUUCCUCCUCCUAGUGCAAUUUUUCACUUCCUAUUUCCAUAUUUGGUUCCUGGGAUGAGCCAUACCCUGGAACUGGCCCACCCUCACGGGAAGGCCUUUGCAAAUAGCAUCCAAAUGGGUAGGCAGGUCAUGGCCGCCAUAACAAGUAACUCAUAUUUAUUUUGCAUAAGAUUUUAAUUUGUAUAUUUUUGUGAUUUAUUUUGGCAUUGUUAUGAGUUUGACUCUCGGGGAGUUUUGUUGUUAUGACUCUUGUGUCUUUUGUCACAAAACAAUGAUAAUAUUUGCUAAACAAUAUAUGGAAUUUAUUUUUGAUUGGUAAUAAAAAAUGAAAUGUGUAUAAA